AUGGAGCCCGUCUAUGGCCAAACCACGAAUGCCCAGAAGGCUGCCAUCGCGAUCAAACACGGUGCCACUGACCUCGCAAACUCAAUCAACAAUUCAACCGCACAGAAGGUGGCCGAUGCAAUCAAUGAUGGUGCUGAAGCGGCUGCCGAGGCCAUAGACAAUGGAGUGCACAAUGUUAAUAACACGGCAGCAACGAUGGCCAAGGAUGUGGCGGAAGCCACCAAAUAG